GUGUGUGUGUGUGUGUGUGUGAGGGGUGGGGGGUUGUAUCAUGGAAAUGGUCUCCUGGCUUGUGUGAUGAUAAAUUGGAGGCUAAUCUCCCAUGAGGCUGCUUUACGAUGGCCUAUAUUUGGAGGAUGUGGAGGAGAUAUUUUCAGGCGCUCAACAUGUCAGAAGGUGUUUGUCGCCGCUCGCUGCUCUAAUGAGUUUCUUCCUCAGGCUGCACUCUUCUAAUCCCAUGCCUUUUAGGCAGGAGAGCAGCCGAACUGGAUGUCAGCAUUCCAUCUCUGUCCUUUGACCCGGCAAACGACUCACUCAUGACUCGUUCACGAAUACUCUUUAGUGGAGUCGCACGUUUCAGUCAAAGCUGGCAUUUUCCCCUCAACAAAAGGCAGAUGUCCGCCUUCUGCUGAACAUGUUUUUAUGAACACUUUCCGCUUAUUUUCUUCAAAUCGCAAAAUCUGUUCCUACUUUUUUUAAACUUGACUUCCCACUGCCGAUUCCUCACCAUCACGUCCGCUAAGGUCGGUCCUCGCCGACAUGUGGUCGACCUUCCUGGUGACUGACGAGGAGGGCCGUGGCGUGGGACCUGCCGCCGCUGGCACUGCUGCGCCAGUAGCCGCGGCCCAAAGCAUGGGGGGCCUGGCCGGCCUCAUGAGUGGACGCAGCACGUUCGGAGGCAACAAGCGGCGCAGGACGGGACACGCCAUGACGGAGGCCCAGGAAGGAAAGAUCAAGCUGGCCUUCUUCGUGGCCAUUGUGGGCGUGGUUUUGACGGUCCUGGGGGUGUGCACAGAGUUUUGGGUAGAGCUGGCACCUUCAAAGAGUUUCUACAACAACCAGACAUGUCCGGCGGUCCACUUGGGCCUGUGGAAGGGAUGCAGCAAGACGCUGUGGGUGGCCGACAUCGACCCUGCCAGAGAGAGCUGCGGACCCGCUGAGCUGCCUGGAGAAUCCAACUGCACCUACUUCAAGUUCUUCACCACAGGGGAGAACACCGUCGUGUUCAACAAGACGACACACAAGAAUUUGAACGUGGCGGCGGCCAUGUUGUCCCUCUUCAGCUUGGUGCUGAUGGUGAUGGGCGCCAUCUGCAUCAGCAUGGCGCUAAGCAAGGAUAUCGUCUUCUUCCUCAAGCCUGCCUCCGUCUGCUUCAUCCUGUCAGGCAUCCUGGUCCUCCUGUCCCUGUUGGUCUUCCAACAAGCGGUGUGGGCGCUCCUGGCUAGCGACCACUCUGUCCCCCUCCAUCACCAGUUCUCGUGGUCCGUGUCCUGCCUGGGUUGCGCGGGGGCCAUCCUCAUCGUGGGCGGGGUGCUCUUCUUGAUCCUGGCGCUGCCUUACAGCCCCUGGCAGAGGUGCCUCCCUCACAGCGACAGCAGCAGCUAGUGGCCCGGAAGCCAUAUUGCACUUUGUGUCAGGUGGGCUGGGGGGAGGGGCUAUGGAGGCACUUUCGAAAAGACGUUGGCUAAAGGUGUUUACUUUACUACAAUGUAAACAUCCAAUAUGGAGUCUUAAAGCUCAGAUGGGAUCCACAGACAAUCCUGCCUCAUUUAAAUGAUUCAUUCUCUCUCAACUACAGUUGUCUCCGGCCUGCAAGCUAAUACUGUUUGGCUUGCUUCGACAGCAAUGUCCAUUGUUUCCCACCGAGGGUCGCAUACUGAAAUAUUAAAUAAAGCAUGCGGUGGCCAUUUUGAUAUUUGACAUUUUUACGAAACCAACCACACUGCAAGCUGAUAAGUGACAUAUAUCUAAAGGAAAAACAGCAUUGUAUUAUAAGUGAUGGCUCUUUUCUCCCUAUAUUUAAAAUUUUUGCUGGUUUUUAUCCCUUUUUUGUUUGCAUCUUACAAAUAUUCAAACUUAAUUGUUUCUGAAAUUCAAUUUGAAAAUGUAUCUUAUUUCUUUAAUAUUUUGACUUCAUUUUUCAUCUUUAUUCCUUUUUUCUGCCAAAAUGGCAACUUUUUUUGUUUGUUUGUUCCUCAUAUUAUUCUGACCUGAAAAGAAAAGCAAACAACAAACAAAUUAAUUACAUUUAGUUCCCUUAUGAUAUAACUAUAUUAUCGUAAAAUCGUUUUUUAUUUUUAUUUAAAAAAGCUCAUAAGAUUACAACUUUUUUCCCCUUGAUAUUAUCAUUUAACAGUGUUUGUCACAGUACAGCAAUCUAGUGGUGUGUGUAUAUAUAUAUAUAUAUAUAUAUAUAUAUAUAUAUAUAUAUAUAUAUAUAUAUAUCUAUCUGUGUUGGCCCUGCGAUGAGGUGGCGACUUGUCCAGGGUGUACCCCGCCUUCCGCCCGAUUGUAGCUGAGAUAGGCGCCAGCGCCCCCCGCGACCCCGAAAGGGAAUAAGCGGUAGAAAAUGGAUGGAUGGAUGGAUAUAUAUAUAUAUAUAUAUAUGUAAUAAGGAUUUAUAAUAAUACAAUAAUAAUAAUUUGCAUAAGUUGCAAUGAUGCAUUUGCAAGGUGAGUACAAAAAAUUACAAUCAACACCAAUGUUUGAAACUAUAAACUGACAUUAAGUCGCUUCUUUUUGUUGAUUCUUAUGCCACAAAUAAAAAAUUGUAUGAAAAAUCUUUAUUGUCCUAAUAUUUCCACUUUAGUCUCAUAAAAUUAUGACUUUUUUCUCUUAAUAUCAUGCCGGAAGCAUUUAAAAAUAAAAACGUAUUUUUCUUUUAAUAUUUCAACGUUAUGCUUUUAAAUUUAUUUUUCCACCAAUAUAUUUCUACUUUAUUAUUGCAAAAUUAAGAUUUUUUUUCUGUUUAAGUAUUUGUUUUAAUCUCUUAAUAUUAUCUCUUUAUUCUACCAAUAUUUACAAUGUAUUGUAAUAAAAUAACUGCUCUUUUUUCCAGUCUUCAUUUUAAAUCUUUUUUUUUUUUAAAUUUGGUUUAGUUUAAUUUUAUAUUUGGACAAUACACAAGCGGUAGAAAAUGAAUGGAUGGGAAAAUAAGCCACAGGAAGAAAUGACCCCUUGGCUGAACUUUGUACAUCCCUUUGUUUGCAGCUAUAAAGAUUUUUUUUGGUAACGUGUUGCUAAAAAACUAACCAGUCAUUAAUCCUUUAAACAUGUGCUCUUGCAGGAAGUGUUCGCUAUACUGUGUGUGCUGCCUGUUGAUAAUUUCUAAUAAUUGUCCUCUUUGUGUUUUGGGUUUUUAUUAUUCGUGUUAUUAUAUACUGCACAUGAGUUGCUAAUUACAUAUACCCUCCUCAAAAACAAGACACUUGUUAGUGCGGACUUUGUAGAGAAGAUUUUGUAUGAGGGACUUAAUAAAGUGUGGUAUUUUA